GCUUGUCAGCUGUCACAACCACUACGGACUCACUCCUACAUUUACAUUCUCUCAAGUAUCUACAAAAAUUGUAUAUUUUUUCAUAUCGAUUCGCAUUGGUGAGAACCCGGAGACCGGACGGGUCAAGAGUGCAGUCGCCAAAAACCGACGUAGUGGGGCCUUUUGAAUCUCAUAGGUAUUAAGAUAUCUUAGAAUGGCCUUCGUAGCGCGUCGUAGGAGCGAUGGAAAGGUUGUAGACCGUCAGGCAGUAUCCUGGAAGAGCACCAUGCCCAUUUCGGACAUCAGCGACGAGGAUGACACUGGAUCAAUGCUGGGCUACACCAAUCGCACUUUAGGAGCUCCCGAAACCGUCAGGUUUGUAGGUGACGGUGGCGAUGCCGAUGAAGCUUCGGAGCAAGAGUCGCCAAAGAAAGCCGAAUCUGAUUCUAAGGUCAAGUCGAUCAAGGCCAAGGACAUGGUGACCGAACUAAAAUUCCAGGAAGAUUGCGGCGAUGUAUCUGGCAGCGACGUAGAGUCUAUCAUGAGCUUCUGCCAGCAACUAGAUGAGGAGGAAGCCAGUGAUAUGAUGUACAAGCUAAUGGGCCAACAGGAUGAAGAUAAUUUGGGGGAUCAGCAGGACCUGGAGGAUCUAGACGACACGGACAAGGAGAGCGACAUAAUGACAAUGAUGGGCAAGCCAGAAGACAUAGCGGAAAUCACCGAUACAGAGACCAUGAUGAACGCCAAUGACGAUUCGAUGAGCUUGUCCUCUUUUGACAGCUAUGCGCCCACAGUGACCGGGAGCAUCGGAGGGGAUGACAAUCUGGACAACCUUAGCGGCAGGACCUACUUCACGCCGAGCAUCCGCGAAGAGACCACGACCCUCGGUGGGGAUGACAAUCUGGACAACCUUAGUGGCAGGACCUACUUUACGCCGAGCAUCUGCGAAGAAACCAGGACCCUCGGUGGGGAUGACAAUUUGGACAACAUUAGUGGCAGGACCUAUUUUACGCCGAGUAUCCGCGAAGAAACCAGGACACUCGGAGGGGAUGACAAUUUGGACAAUCUCAGUGGCAGCACCUUCUUUAAGCCAACCAUCCGCGAAGAGACUAAGAGUAUUUCUCAACUUGAUGCCAUAAGUGAAGCCAGCCAGGGACAAAUUUCUAGCCGCACCUUCAGCAUGAGCACUCGGGGCAGCCACCGCAUCCUCGAUGACUCUUCAGUGUCCACCUGCAGCUGGACAGACAUGUAUGGCGAGGCCCUACAGCCCUCUGACAAUCGCAGCAACGUGGUGCCCUCUUUGAGUCUGGCCAGCGCUAGCUCGGACACAUCCACAUUUUACAAAAACCUGGAGGAGGUUAAGGAGCGGCAUGGCCAGGCGGCCUACGAGGACUGGAAGGCCAGGAAGGAGGCCCAGAAGCAGCAGAAGAUCCUGGCCGCAAAGCGGGAGCGUGAGAAGCGUGAGGCGGAGACGGCUCUUCGCCAGAAACUAGCCCAGGAACGAUUCCAAGAGUGGUGCCGUCGCAAGGAGCAACAACAGCAGAAGGAACAGAAGGCGCCGGCCCGUAAAUUGGCGCCAAAUAGCGCCAACUUAAGCCAAUCGAGCUCUGGCAACUCGUCGGCCACCAGCUCCAUCUCCGGAAAAGGAUUGGGAUCAUUAAAAUUGGCCGGACCCGCACGACAAGUAGCACCGGAAGUCACCAAGUCACGGCUCAAGGAAUGGGAGCGUCUCAAGUUGGAGCAACAGCAGCGGGAACGGGAACGGCUGCGGAAGAAGCAGGAGUUCAAGAAAAAGCAAGAGGAUGAGCGGAAGAUGCGAUCGCAGGGCGCCUGGAACAAUUGGAUGAAACAGGUGGACAGGCGGGCCAAGCCCGUUCCACUCAAUCAAGGAUUCGACACUUUGCGCGGCACAAUCUCAAACAUUUACAUCAAUCCUGUCCAGUGGGUCUCAAACAUUGAUACCCCUAAGACCGGUCGCAGUCAUUAGUAUAUUUCAAAGGUCCAUAAUUCUUAUAUUCUUUAAUUCUUUCAUCGAUCUUUUAAGCUAAAAACUAAAAAAUCUCCCAAAAAACCGUUUGUUGAGGCAAAGCCCCUAGUUUGAAGUGCCUAGGUACUAUUGUACUGAGAAAUACCUGGGUUGCUGGGCCAGCCUAUGAAUUUUAAAAUUUUGAAAAAUAAUGUUUAUUGGAUAACGGCGGUAUUGUCUGCAAAGAUUUGUCUCUACCAAUAAACUAAAAAAUAUGGAACAUUA